GAGAUUCUGCACUGAGGCUCUGGAUUUAUUUAUUAUGAUUGUUUAUAUUUAUAUGCUAAAUUCCCCCCUUAAGGCAAAGAGUGGAAAGCUGAGAUAAAAGGCAACUGGCAAAAUUGGUAGACAAAUAAAAAUCCAAAUUUAAGAUUUCAGACAAGGGAAGUACCAUCUUGUCAUCCCUAUUUUCUUUGCGUCACAGUUUUGAGUUAUUUUCUAUUUAUUUAAAGCACUUUUGAAAACUAUAACCACACUGCUUUCCCCUCAUCUGUCUGCUUUUGUCAAAUCAUAUUUUUUUAAAACACAAACAAUGUGAUUGAACCUUAAAGAGGUGUCUACACACACACACACACACGCCGAUGAAUCAAAGACGGCCUCUGCCGAUAAACACCGUCUACAAUCUUUUGCCAUCAGUGGUAAAAAAGUACCUAUGUACAUUUACUCAGGUACUCAACAUUCUCAAGCCCUCUGGCCCUUUACAACAGCGUCUGGCUGGUGCCUCUUGUGAUGUUACAGAAAUGAGUCAUUAGCCCCAAAGAUUCAGAACAGCUAAAGAGUGAUUUCCCCCUCUAAAUCUCUCGGACAGUUUUAUUCAAACGACAACACGUUUAAUAUCCUGCUCGUCCCCGUAAGGCAGACGCACCGCUCCACCUCGUGUGCUAUAGCUGCCACGGAGCGGGAGGCUCAGAUCCAAUUAGAGAGGGAGUGUCAUUUACAGAAACACCAGUACAAACAAGACAUUGGACAAUAAUAAAAAAAACACACUUCCCAAAUGACAAACUUGCUUCCAUUAAUUAUGAUGAAAAGCAACAGAAAGUAAACUGCCACAAGACGUCUGAUGCCGAGGAAACCGCAGCCUUCAGUCAGUGUGAUAAAGUGAUUUAAUAUCCACAGCGUCUGGGCCGUUCUGUUCAGCGGUGCCAGGAACAAUUACCGUCAUCAAUAAAUGAUAAACGCCAGAACAGAAAAGAGGCCAUUUCUCCGCUGAGGAGUUGAUGGAUACGGGACUUCCACUCCUCUGCUCUCAGUGAUAAGUGGAAAGGCAGAGGUUGAGACAUCGAAGGGGGAUAGAAAACUAAUUAAUUUGGGAUACUGAUCAAGAGGAAGUGCCGAUAGUGAUGGCUCCAGUCACAACAGCAUUAGAAUAAUGAUCGAUCACAGUGGCGGCAAAUUGGGGCUUUAAUUGCCAUUCAGCUAGCUUCAGCUUACAUGUUCGGAAACAAUACGCUGUUAAUUAAAGCUUUGAUAUUUAAGAUUAAGGGUUUUGCGACAGGGUUGAAGUGACACAACCAUGAUAAGUAAUAACAGCACCAGUGGCCUCUGAGCCACGUUUUAACCUCUAGUAUUAAGACUUAUGUUAAAACAUCACCAUGGACACAGUCACGCCAAAGCGAAGAAAAAAUUGCACAUUCGUCGACCGGCAGAUUAUGUGAGCCUUCGCAGACAAAUGUCAUUUCUGUUGAGCUGUGUCAUUUACAUUGGACUUGUUCGGAAAAUAUUGUUUUUUCCGAGUCGCUGGAUUCACUUUCCGUUUCUCCUGAAGCAGACGACACUACACAAUAACUAUUUCAGACUUGCUUGGUUGUGCGGUCGCAAGGUGCAAUCUGGCAUAAUGAUGGCUGUGCAGCUCACUUCUGCAAAAUAGUAUUCUCCAGUGAGGCGCAAGUCUACCCUGUCAUUGAAUAUAGAUAUGUGAGGAACCCAAGCAACUGCAAAAAAAAAAGAAAAGAAAAAGAAGUUAUGAUUUACUCGAAAAUCACAACAACAACAUAAAGUCAUUAAACACACAUCAGUGCAUGGCUAAACGGUGCUGCGUUGCCUCAGCAGUAAAUAAGGUACAGUAAUUGCUUUGAACUGGAGUUAGAAGAAAAGCGCAACAGUCAGAGCAACAGGUGAGGUGGAGCAAAUUGAUGCACAUUUAUCAGAUUGAGUGACUUUCAAAAAAGCAAACAAAAAAACCUGUAGAUGGGAAGGAGAUACAGUAUCUUACCAAACAUGGGUUUGUGUUUGUGUUUGUGUUCUCGUCACCAUAUGGCAUCAGCCAUUAUCUAUACCUCUUAUCCUUUGAUGGUCCAAUCCCAGCUGUCAUUGGCCGAGGGACGGUUUACUCCCAGGACAGGUUGCCAGCGUAUCGCAGGGGGAUAUUUGUGGUAUAUGUCAAAUGGUUUUAUCCGAGCCAAGUACCUGAGGUGAUGCUGCAGCAUAGCGAGAAAAAAGGCUGUAAUUUGUGUCACGGACAUGUGAGACGCCCGUCGCCACUUCUCCACCACCUACCUCAACUCUCGGUGAUGGGAGCAGCUGCCUUGAUUGGACCUUGGUGGAAGUGAGGGCAACUGUUGCUCCUGCAUGUGUCAUGUGAGCAGAUUGAAAACGAAAGUAAAUAUGCUGUGGUUCAACGAUUAUGACUUCUACUUCUUCCUCUACACAUACAGUGCAGGGUUCUCAAGAUCUCCAGUGGGUCUGAGAAGUUUGAGACAGGGAUUCAACAUAAAGGAUUCUGCCUUGUCACUGGAGUGUGUGAGUUAAUGAUGGUGAAUGAGCUGAAGACAAGCUGGUAGUGAAGGUGCUGGAUUUGUCCCCCCCUACGCCCCAAGCCGGACAAAGCAUGGCGGCGGGAGUAGCGGCAUGGCUCCCCUUCGCCCGGGCGGCAGCUAUUGGCUGGAUGCCCGUGGCCAAUUUGCCCAUGCCAGUGGCGCCCGCUGAGAAGAGCAAGCGGCAGGAUGAGCUAAUCAUUCUUAAUGUCAGCGGACGGCGCUUCCAGACCUGGAGGAACACGCUGGACCGCUACCCAGACACCCUGCUGGGCAGCUCGGAGAAGGAGUUCUUCUACAACGAGGAGACCAAAGAGUACUUCUUCGACCGGGACCCCGACGUUUUCCGCAGUGUGCUCAACUUCUACCGCACCGGCAAGCUCCACUACCCACGCUACGAGUGCAUCUCCUCUUAUGAUGAGGAGCUGUCGUUCUUUGGCAUCAUCCCAGAGAUAAUUGGCGACUGCUGCUACGAAGAGUACAAAGACAGGAGGCGGGAGAACGCAGAGCGUCUGAUGGAUGACCAGGAGGACAACAAGGACGCUAAGCUGCCCAACAUGACCUGCAGGGAGACCAUGUGGCGGGCCUUUGAGAACCCCCACACUUCCACCAUGGCCCUUGUCUUCUACUACGUCACUGGAUUCUUCAUUGCUAUCUCUGUCAUCACCAAUGUGGUGGAGACGGUCCCCUGCGGCCUGGUGCCCAACCAGAAGGAGGUUCCAUGUGGUGAGCGCUACACCGUGGCCUUUUUCUGCAUGGACACGGCCUGCGUGAUGAUCUUCACCGUGGAGUACCUGAUGCGCUUGUUCGCUGCGCCCAGCCGCUACCGCUUCAUGAGGUCCGUCAUGAGCAUCAUUGACGUGGUGGCCAUCUUGCCCUACUACAUUGGCCUGGUGAUGACUGACAAUGAGGACGUGAGCGGCGCCUUCGUGACACUCCGCGUUUUCCGCGUGUUCCGAAUCUUUAAGUUCUCCCGCCACUCGCAGGGCCUUCGCAUCCUGGGCUACACGCUGAAGAGCUGUGCCUCCGAGCUGGGCUUCCUGCUCUUCUCCCUCACUAUGGCCAUAAUUAUCUUUGCUACAGUUAUGUUCUACGCAGAGAAGGGUUCAAGCUCCAGCAAAUUCACCAGUAUCCCAGCCUCCUUUUGGUACACCAUUGUUACUAUGACAACGCUCGGGUAUGGAGACAUGGUUCCUAAGACGAUUGCAGGGAAGAUCUUUGGUUCCAUCUGCUCUCUGAGUGGGGUGCUGGUUAUCGCCCUGCCUGUCCCCGUCAUCGUGUCCAACUUUAGCCGCAUCUAUCACCAGAACCAGAGAGCAGACAAGCGGCGGGCGCAGAAAGUACAGAAAGCCCGCUUGGCCAGGAUACGAAUAGCCAAGACAGGAAGCUCCAAUGCCUUCCUCCACAGCAAGCGCAACGGCCUGUUCAACGAAGUUCUGGAGCUCACGCAACUUCCGUACAAGAUGAACCUUUCAGAUCAGAGUUCUGAGGAGGAGCAGCGGUUAAACAAGUCUACUUCUCUAUUAGAGAGCCAGCACCACCACCUGCUGCACUGUCUGGAGAAAACCACUAACCAUGAGUUUGUGGAUGAGCAGUAUUACCAGCAGAGCUACCUGGAGGCGGGGCUGCAGAAUUACCCAUCUCGAAGCCCCUCCCUCUCCAGCCAGGACGGCGUGACGGGCACCUGCUGCACCCGCCGGAGCAAGAAGCACCACACCCCUUUACCGAAUGCCAGUGGCCCAGCACACAUGCAGCCUUUGACGCACACGCACACGCACCAACAGGGUUUGCAGGAGCUCAGCACCAUCCACAUCCGGCCCCUCAGCACCAGCCGCUCCAGUCUGAACAUGCGCGUGGACGAACCAGCAUCCCUGAACUGCCAGAGCAACCAGAUCACCACAGCAAUCAUCAGCAUUCCCACGCCGCCAGUGACGACCCCCGAGGGCGACGCUCACCUGCCAGUGGGGCCCACCCACCAGAAUGUUGUGAAGGUGUCGGCACUGUGAAGACUCGAGUGCAGACGCGUCGUACAGAAAGACAGAUAAAGACUCACCGGGACAGAGUGAGGGACAAAGGGGGACUGCGAAUGAUGGGAGUAGAAAGCAUUCGGAGUCCUAGUCUAGCUGUGGUGGAGCCCGCCCCCUGCUGGUCAUGUACUCUAACGACAUGGACUCCCUGUACAGACGGGGGAUGGCUUUUAGAUACAGUAUACUCAUGUUAGUGGUCGGCAUGCAUGUGUGCGCGGAUGCGAGCGCGUGGGUGAAAGAGUGGGAAAUGUGUGUAAGGAGUCAUUUCAGAUGAGGAGGCGAGUGAGAGUGCGCCUCCAAAGUGUCGGAGAUGAGUUCCCAGAGUGAGUCACGUGUCACUGUGCACAAAGCACCUUUUUACGAUUUUUCCCUUCAGUUUGACACUUACGGUCUUUUUUUAGCAGGAGAAAUGUGGACAUGGGAAGCAAAAUCAAGCAAAUCAAAAUCUUUUUCUCCCCACUGAUUUCACCUUUCCCUUUUUGUUUGGUGUCAUCUUGGUCCUCUUCCCUAACAAUAGAUAAACAUGCCACCUCUCCUUCUGCGGUCCAAUGUUAUUCCACACGAGUGAAAAAUCUUGAAAAGGUGAAACAUGGUAGGUGUUUCUGUGAUGACGUCACCAACGAGUUUCCUAGUUGUGAAUGAGUGAAUGUGACUUUUUGCUAGAUAGAGGAUUUGUGACGUUUUGGAUAGGAUGUGUCCGUAUGUGUGUGUGUGUGUGUGUGUGUGUGUGUGUGUGUGUGUGUGUGUAUGCGUGUGCGCGUGCGCGUGCGCGUGUGGAUGUGUUGGUCUCGGUUGAUUGAAAAUGUGUGUUUCAAUUCUUCUGGAAGUCUCUAUGGCUCAGUUUAUGGCAUAUUUGACUAGCUGCCACUCUGAAGGGUUCAUUGUGCAUAUUUCUGUCAGAAACCCUCAGCUACAAGCCUUUUACACAACAUGUGCCUGUUUUGCCGGAGUUAAAAAGAGAUUUAUUUGUUUUCUUGUUUUUUUUCUGAAUUCCCCCGCCCCUGUUCUUUUCCCCUUUCGGCUCCUACAGCCUGACGGACCUCAAGUAACUCACUUCUCGACAAACAACCAAAAACAAAGGAAAAAAAAACAAACAUUUUAAUUCAAGCCGUCACAAUUAAAA